AUUAAAUUCUUUGAGAAUAUGCUGCGCUGUGCCUUUAGAAUGUCUACAAUUUUGUAAUUUCCAAGUCAGUUCCAUUAGCUCCCGGCAUUGUUAAAGUGAAGAUUACUACAGAAAAUAUCAUGGCAGAAUGGGGAGGCUUCAUAUUCCAAUCACGGGAACGGGGCAAUCCUAAGAGACGAGGAAGGGGAAGAGGAAGAGGUCAAGGCUGGGGUGGGAGCAGAGGCAGGUUUCAGUAUCGAUCCCAACAGAAUUCAAGCAAGGUUGGACAACCACCUCAGAGACCAAGAACUUUUGAUGGCUUGAGUCCAGAGGGCAGAGAACUUUCACCCCAGGAAAGGUUCCACACACUACCCGAGCUUGAGGUGGGAAUAGGUUCUAAACCAUGCACAAAAGAAGAGGUUCUGAGUCCUGGAUCCAGCUCAUCAUCCAAGCGGAGCUGCACAGAGAUGGAAAACAAUGACGAGAAUAAAUCAAAAGUUCUCAUCAAGAAAAAAUGUAAGAAGAACCUUGCUGGAAUUUUCCCCUUCUCUCGAGAUGAUGGCAUAUCGACAGGAAAAGAAAUAAGAGCUGAAGUGAAAUUGAGUGUGUCAGAGGGAGAGAACUGGGAUGAAGAGAUAAGGUUUGCUCAGUUAAACAGGAGGCAGAAUACUUUAUAUGAAGCACCAGAUAUGGACAAAGAGCAGAUUGACAGUGACAGGACUACUACUGAAAACUCUAAUGGUUUGAUGCUGGUGCAGGAGUCAUACCCAUGUUCAGAGGCUGGUACACAGCAUUCCAAGAACCCAGACUGGGAUGUUGGGUUACCGAGUGACGAUGAGUUCAAACAGGUGACACCAAGAAAAGUCUUCAGAGAUAAAGUGGUUGACUGCCUAUCUAGUGCUGUAACCGAGAACUGUACCUGCACAUCAGAUGAAGACACAUUCCAGAGCAGAGAAGGACAACAGGACCAUGCUUUGUAUAAAUCAAGAGGAGUAGGAAGCUGCAGCAGUCCUACAGCUGGCUGCAAAAUGGGGCCACGUUUACCUAGCAAAUCAAAGUCGGAUUCUUGGACCUAUUCGGUUUUUAACCAAGGUAGUGCGAAGAAGAAAGGGAAACUUAAAAAGAAGCAAAGGGCAGCAUCGAUUCCAGAAUACCAAGGCAGUACUGAUGAUGACACUGAGCAAAAUACAAAUGCAGCAUCUCACAAAGGGGAGAGGUCAAAGAACUGUAGACAGAAGAAAGGGAAUAACUCUGCUACCAAAUCCUUGAAAGAUAUUGAAACAAAAGUUGGUUAUGCUAGAGCUGAGUCAAAGGAGAAUGAUGAGAUUGAAGUUGGGGUGGUUAGACCAAAUACCCAAGCUAAAUGCAUGAGUAAAUAUGCUGAAGAUGAUUAUGACAGUUGUCAAGCGGAUGAUUCACUCACUGAUGAUGAAAACUGGAUCAAUGUUGUGAAGAAGCUCUCAGCAGAUGGUGUAGAUGCAGAGGACGUUCAAGAAAGACAUCCAUUUCCACCAGAAUUUCCGCCAGAAAGAGAGCAGAGUGAUCAAAAUAUGAUGAAUGUUCCCUUAUCCUUCAGGCAAGAUUUCAGAGCAAGAUUUUCUUAUCCUCCGACCACAUACAUGCCAUACAAUCAUGCUUAUCCUCCAAUGAGACCAUCGUUCCCUUAUGGUCCUCCUAUGUGGCCAAUGAUGCAAGAUCCUUAUUUCUAUGGACCUGCCAUGAUGAGAGGAUUUCAUCCAGAUGCCAUUUCCAGAUACCCAAUCAUUCAUCGAUUUCCCAGAUGUAUGCAACCAGAAGCAGAGUCAAUUCCUCCUACACAACCUGUUCAAUCUCCCGGAAAUGAGUUUCAGGAUAGUUUCUACACUGUUGAUGAAUCAGCUUCAGGGAACACUUGUUAUAUGCAGAGCAUGAAUGCAGCCUAUGAUGUGAAUGCAUAUGGUGAUAGAGAUUACAGGGGCCAGGAAAAUGCAGUGUGCGAAGACAACAAGGUUUUUGUUUCAGACCUUGACUCCUCAGGAAAUCAAUCAUAUAUUUCCCAGGACUUGGAUAGUGAUACAUGGAAACAAGGUCCAAAUGCAUCUUGGGAACAGAAGUCACCUCUGCUCCAGACUCCUUUACCAGACAUCCAGGAAGACACUGAGAACCUUGAAACCCAGAGUGACUUCAUAUCUACUGAAGAUGAGAGCUACACUCUCUAA